UUUCCAGGAAAAUAAUGUGGAGAGAGAAAAGAAAAUAAAUAAAGAAACCCAUCUAAUUCUAGAGAGAGAAAGAAAGGAGAGAUUUGCCCUCAAAUUUAUUAUAUUAGAGAUUAAAUAAAAAGUAAUUUACAUAUAUAUAUAGAGACAGAGGAGAUACAGGCAAUUUGAGCAGAGGAAGCAAGAAGAUGAUUAUGGUCUUGAAUUCUCUUGAACUGAGCAUUAGAGGAUUUCGCGUUAGAUCAUGAGAGCGGGGAAGUGCGGGAGAGAUUAAAUAAUAAUAAUAGUAGUAGUAAUAAUUAAUAUUAACAAUAAUAAGUAUUUUGAGUUUUUAUAGAUAUACAUAGGUUGGGGUUUAUGUUUGUAUGUGUAUUUGUAUAUCAGAUCCUCUUGUAAGACGUAGUGAAAGGGAAAUCGUUUUUUUGUUUUUUAAUUUUUUUUUUGGUGUAUUAGUAUAAAAGGGGAAAGCUAGAUAGGAAGAGGAUUGUAGGGAUGUAAUUAGUGUUCAAAUUGAGAUUAGUUUCGUAUCAUUUUGGGAGGCGGAGGGAGAAGUUUAGAGCGAUUUGUGGGUAUUGAAAUCAUUUUGGAUUUGAUGUUGUUGUAUUGCGGCGGAUUGUGUCGGUGGCGGGGGGAUGGCAGCCGGGCGAAGGGAACGGAGCGUGGAGGAGUUGUACAAUUCGUCGGAGGUGAUUAGAGAACUAAAGAUCACAUCAGUCUUGAGAGGGAGUUAUCGCAUGCAAGGGCCAGUAGAGGAAACUGAACAAGAUAUUGAGAAGAAUAUGUUACCAUUGCAACCUGAGAAAACAUUUGGCAAGCGUUCCAUGAGACGGAAGGUUCAUACAAGAGCAGAGUCGGGGACUUGUAAUGUGUGUUCUGCUCCUUGUUCAUCUUGUAUGCAUCUUAAGCUAGCCUGUAUGGGAUCAAAGAGUAACGAAUUUUCUGAUGAAACCUGUCAUGAAACUGCAACAAGUCAGAGUUCUAUCAAUGAGGAUCAACUUUCACCUUUUAAAAAUCGAGCAUAUGACAGCUUACAGCAUGCCACUAGUGAAGCAAGUAACUUUCCCAGCGUCAAUUCUUGUCAUGAUUCGUUGUCUGAAAAUAUGGAAAGUAAAGCAAGCAUAAGGUGUUCUGACAUAGUUGAUGUUUCGGCUGAGUCUGAGAUGCUUGCGAAAUUGUCCUCAGGUGGAACUGUUGUAGUGGAUCAACCUUUUCCAAAACCACAGAGCAUUUUGGAUCAAAUAACUUCAUCAAAUAAUAAUGAGUAUCCCAAUACUGUAGAAGCACAUGAUGAUAAUAUAUCAUGUGUUAGUAGAUCUAAUGAUGCAAGUAUAGCAGUAAGCCAUCAUAACAAGAAUGUAGACAGGAAGAAUUUAUCAUGUAGUUCAGCUGUAGUUAGUAGUUUAGGAUCAGGAGGAACUGGAAAGGCACCAAUUUCACCCAAGUCAGAGUUAUUAGAAACACCUUCAGGUGAUGCAUAUGCUGGCAGUAGCUCACUGGAGGUCCAGAGCAGGUGCCUGUCCUCAACCACAAGUGACACACAUUUGGCAGAAAAAGAUAGAAAGAUAGACAGUUCUAGGGUUUCAAGUCAACUUGCAGAAGGAACUGGGAAAACACCAAUUUUGCCAGAGAAGUUGUUAGAGACACCUUCAAAUGAUGCAUAUGCUGGCUGUAGUUCACCGAAGGGCCAGUCCUCCACCUCAAAUGGAGUACAUCUGGAAGAAGAUACAAAGAUUGAUUCUUCUAAGUUUUCAAGCAGACUUUCGGAAGGAUCUGGAAAGACACUAGUUUUACCCAAGUCAGAGAUACCAGAGACACCUUUAAAUGAUGUGGAUGCUGGCAGUAGCUCACUAAAGGUCCAGAGUAGGUGCCUGUCUGCCACAAAUGGACUACAGUCCGAGGAAGAUACGAAGUUUGAUACUUCCAACUUUUCGAGGAAACUUUAUCCGAAGGUAGAAGAAGGGACCAAAAAGGAUAAUGGAGACCAAUUGGAUGAAGGUAAUAAAUGUUUGAACCAGGUUGGACAAGAUGAGAAGUUGAAUGGGUCAGUUGAAUUACCAGAUAUGCGGGAGCCUGCUUUGCAAACUGUAUCUGGGGAUGAGAGUGACGAGUCAGAAAUUCUGGAACAUGAUGUAAAGGUAUGUGAUAUUUGUGGGGAUGCUGGUCGGGAAGAUUUACUUGCUAUUUGUAGUAAGUGCAGUGAUGGUGCAGAACACACCUAUUGCAUGCGAGAAAUGCUGCAGAAAGUCCCUGAAGGAGAUUGGUUGUGUGAAGAAUGUAAGUUAGCUGAAGAAACAGAAAACCAGAGGCAAGGUUCAGAUGCUGAAGCUAAAAGAACAAACAAAUCUAGUGCCCCAAGCUCUGGCAAGAGACAUUUAGAAACUAUGGAGGUGGCUUCACCUUCAAAAAGGCAGGCUGUUGAAGCAAGUUUUGGAUCACCAAAGUCAUCCAGCCCCAGUAGAACAGCUGCACUGUCACGGGAUAGUUCUGUUAAGGGAUUAGAUAAAGGGAAAGUAAAGCCAGCUCAUCCAAUAUCUUUUGUCAAUCACUCCAGUUUUGAUAGUCCACGAGUUCAGGCACCGAAAGGUACUUUAUUGAAGUCAAAUUCAUUCAAUACUUUCAAUUCCAAACCAAAGGUAAAACUCGUUGAUGAGGUUCCUCAAAAUCAGAAGUGCAGUAGAGAAGGUCGAUCUCCUGAUGUGAAGGUGGGGACUGCCAGGAUGAUAAGCAAAUCCAUGUCAUUUAGGUCGAUGAACUCAGGCCGUUCCAAUGCUACUGAGUCGAAAGUUAAAAUGCUUUCUUCAAAAUAUUCUCAAGCUCAGGAUGUAAAGGCAUUAAAACAAGCGAAAGAACGAAAUGCAUUUGAAAGUAAAAGUUCAUCUAAAUUGGAUCGCCCUAUUGGCAGUUCAUUGACAACUAGUUCUAAUGUCUGUGUGUCCAAGGUCGGUCAAAAGCUCACACCUCAUGGUGAUAGUGUCAUGUCAUCAUCCACAAGCAAUAACAAAGAGUCGAAUACUUCGCAGUCUGAUGGAAAAUUGGGCAGUUCAUCAAGAUCAAUCAGCAGUAUAGCUCAUAAAGGUGCAGAAAUUCCUGUUACUUCUGUUCGGCCUUUACCUGCAAAUGGAGUGUGCAGUGCUUCUGUUGAACAAAAGUUAAACCAAGUUAGUGCAAAGGAUGAACCCUCUUUGAAUUCUUCUUGGACUGCAGAGCGACCAUACAAUAAUGUGGAGGAAAAUGUACAGGAUGGUUUAUCUCGGUCACGAGAAUCAUCAAAUCAAAGUGAGAAAGCUAGGGAAAUUUCUGUUUCUCGCUCGAAGCCUGCUAGUACUGCUGGACAAAAAAAUAUCGCCUGUAAAAAAUGCAAGGAAAUUGGGCAUGUUGCAGAAUUUUGCACAGUUGAUAGUCCUCAAGCUUCUGGUAUUGAUACAACUGGUGCAAGAACUGUUUGGGACGACAUGAGCAAAGGUAGUAAGUUAAAAGCUUUACUUGAGGCUGCUAUGCUUAAGAAGCCUGGUAUAUUCAGAAAGAAAAAAGAAAGUGAUCAAUCUGAUGGGCUGUCCUCGUCAAAUGUGGAUAUAGCUUCCGAGAUAGCUUCUCAUGAUCAAUUUUCAGUUUCAAAUAAGAUGAGGAAUGUGAUUUCUGAUGAAGGAACAGAUGAAGGGCAAGCAAAUUUUGGUAUUUCUUCCUCAGAGAAUUGCAAACUGACAGAUAACAAUAAUGAGAAGCAGCUGAAUGUGCAUUCCACUGAUGCUGUUUUUCGUUUCAAAGCUGGGGACUUGGAUCCUACUUUCCCUUCAAUUGGAAAACCUAGUCACGCUUUGGCAGCAGUGCCCAUAUUUUCGAAGAUGUUAACCAUCCCAGAGCAUGAAUAUAUCUGGCAGGGAUCCUUUGAAGUGCGCAGAGGUGGAAAAACUCUAUACCUAUAUGGUGGAAUCCAAGCGCAUUUAUCAGUUUGUGCAUCACCUAAAGUUCUUGAAGUGGUAAACCUAUUUCCCCAGAAAAUAACUCUGGAUGAAUUGCCUCGCCUUAGCACUUGGCCAAGACAGUUUCAUGGCAAUGGUGCCAAAGAGGAUAAUAUUGCUCUGUAUUUCUUUGCUAGGGAUCUCGAAAGUUAUGAAAAAAGCUACAAGAAUUUGUUGGAUAACAUGAUUAAAAGAGAUUUAGCACUCAAAGGAUAUUUUGAUGGUGUUGAAUUCUUGAUUUUCCCCUCCACUCAACUUCCAGAGAACUCCCAAUGUUGGAACAUGAUGUUUUUUCUUUGGGGCGUGUUCAGGGGAAGGAGAUCUAAUUGUUCGGAUUCUUUAAGUAAGUCGUUUGUUCCUAAUUCUAAUGUGAUGCCUUGGGACAUGAAUUCUCCUGAAGAUCCGUAUGCUUCAUUAAAUGGGGAUAUUGAUAAUGGAGUAUCUAGUUUACAAGCAAACUCAGAGCAGCAGAAUGGUAGACUCGACUCCACUGCCUUGUCAAAGACUACAAUGGAGAGUGCAGUUUUCUGCCCAGGAACAAGAAGCACUAGCCCUUCAAAGGAAGUAGCAGCUCUUCCAAAGAGUAGAUUGGAUACAGAAUGUAAGCAGUCUACUGAGGCAACUGGAUCCAACAUUGAUUCUAAUAGCAGAGAGGAGACAAAAACCCCUGUAGAUGCUUCAUGUAUUAGAGAAGUCGAGGUUUCCCAGGUUGGUGAUCAAGCUGAAGAUGUUGGAGGGAGUGUUGAGGAGAAAAUGGUGGAUAUAAUGGUGGAUUCAGUGGACACUGGCAGAAAUGAAGCUAAAUUUGAGAGGAACCUAAAUGAAGAUUCCAUGAGGGUGGAUGCAGAAGCUUCCUCAGGUACAGACUUAAAUAUCAAAGGCCUUGACUGCUGGCAGUCAAGUAGCAGAAAACGGGCUUACUUGGAACUUUCAGAGACAGUCCCCGAGAUUUCUAAUAGGGAAGGUCAAAAACUACCAUCAGAUACUGUAGAUCGAGAUAAUAUUAGCAAGAAGCUGAAGCCUGGUUUCUGUGAACGAUAUGGAUGUAGCAGUUUGAGAGAGGGAAUUUCAUCGAGUGUUGGUUUUGCUUCACAGAUAUGUGAUUCGGGUUCCAGAUCCUCAAUUGAGGAAAAAUGCUGUGAGCAAGCUGUUGAUGAAAAAGUUAUCCUGGAGGACAUGGGAACUACUGAAAGGUAUUUCUUUCCUUUGGAUUCACGGCGUGUAAAAGAUUCCCGAUUGGGAGGCAACUCCAACUCCAUGCCCUGGAAAGAAUGCUCAUCAAAUGAUGAGAUUCAAUUACAUGAUGGGGUCCCAAAUCUUGAGCUUGCUUUAGGGGCCGAGUCAAAACCGCCAAAUAAAGGUAUCCUGCCUUUCUUUGUUGGAAUGUUAGAGAAAAAUAAUACCCAGAACAAGACUCCAGAUAAUGUGACAGAUAAGGAAGAGGAGGAUGGUGUCUCCGCAUCCCUUUCUCUUUCUCUUUCAUUCCCAUUCCCAGAGAAGGAACAAACUGUCAAACCUGUUUCAAAAACAGAGCAGCUCCUGCACAAAAGGCGCCAUGUGAACACCUCACUGCUCCUUUUUGGGGGCCUCUCAGAUAAAUAGGCCAAUGGUGACUCAUUGUUUGUAUAUUGUCAUCCACCACAUGGAUGUGGUAAAUGUACCUGUUCAUGUACUAUUAUCUUCCAUGGCUUUAUAGGGGAACUCAAUUUCCAUCUGUCCAUAACCCACACAGGACACUAAUAGUUUUUCUUCCUUUUUUUUUUUUUUUUUAUUAAACUUAGCUUUUCUGUUUUGGGAGUGCAUAGUCAUGGCUGUUUGUAUAUAAAGAGAGUUUAAUCCGCCUAAAUGCCGUAAGAUAUUUGCAGACCAA